CAGGCCCAAAACAAGUUAAGCUACCUCAGUAUCCCCUUGGACAUUCUGGAUUGCAAAACUAAAGAGACCCAGCAGACAAGACACAGAGAUAGAUGGCAACAGAAGAGUAGAUGAGGCACAAAACACAGAGACAACAACACAACAAUAGGAUAUGAUGCAGAGACACCAGAAGAGGAAAGACAAAGAGGCUGUAACAAACAAGAACCUGAGACAGCAACACAACAAUAGGAUAUGAUGAAGAGACACCAGAAGAGGAAAGACAAAGAGACUGUAACAAACAAGAACCUGAGACCGCAACAGACAAGGAAACAGACGAGGCAACAGAGAAAGUGACAGAGUAGAUGGAGAGUGAACAGAGUUCAAGGGUUUUUUCCAAAGAAAUAAGUGCACCAAAGUUCAUGGGCUCCAGAGUCCUCUUCCUAUUCAGAAAGACAACAAGACCGGUGGACAAAGAUAACACUGAGUCAUGUCUGACUUGGAGACCAUCGAGUUAGCCGUUCUGGGCUGACCCUUCCAGCUGGGGAUGUUGUAUGACUGUCGUAGAGAUGUCCUCAUUCCAGGUAUCACUCUCUGGGAUUCUGAGAUGCUUCAGAAACACAUCAAUGUCUGUCCACAACCGAACACCGACUUCAAAAUCAUUGCUUCAGACUCAAGUGAAGACAAGUCAGAAGCUUUGAAUGUGUCUGCAUCUCUUGAGGCUAGUUUUCUUGGUGGCUUAGUCAGUGUGAAGGGUUCUGCUGAAUUCCUACAUGACAAAAAGACCUCAAAGCGUCAGUCUAGGGUUUCUCUGCAGUACCGUACCACCACUCGCUUCGAGCAGUUGACCAUGGACCACCUGGGGGCAGGAAAUGUGAAACACUGUAAUGUCUUCCAAGAGGGCUCUUCAACCCAUGUGGUGACUGCCCUGCACUACGGAGCCCAGGCCUUCUUCGUUUUUGACCAAGAGGUUUCCUCAGGAGAAAACCACCAGGACAUCCAGGGAAACCUGCAGGCUACAAUAAAAAAGAUCCCUCUCAUAUCAAUAGAAGGGCAGGGAAAUUUGGAGAUGAGUGACGAAGAGAAGAGAGAGGCCAAUAAAUUCAACUGCACCUUCCAUGGUGAUUUUGCACUAGAAAACAACCCUGUCACAUUUGAAGAUGCCAUCAAGGUGUAUGCUGGCCUGCCACGUCUGCUAGGGGAGAACGGAGAACAUGCUGUGCCCAUGACUGUCUGGCUCUAUCCUCUCAAGAACCUGGACUCUGCAGCUGCCCAGCUAGUCAGGCAGAUCAGUGUUAGCCAGGUGCGUCGCGCACAGCGACUCUUAGACGGACUGGACAAUACUGAUGUACAAUGCCAGGACAUGAUGAAGGAAGACAUGGCUAUCAAGUUCCCUGAACUCAAAGCCAAGCUCAACAAGUUCAGGGACUUGUGCUCAGAGUACAAGCAGGUGUUCCAGAAAGGUCUCUGUAAGGUUCUUCCCAACAUAAGAGGAGGAGGAAUGGAGGAGGAAGAGCUGAUCAAAAUGCUCAACAGCAAAGAAUGUUCUCCAUUCCAGAAUGACCUCUUGAUCACGUACCUGGACGACAGAGAGAGAGAGAGAUGAAUGUUGUCAGCUCUUACCUUGACAUAAUGAAAGAGGUACAAGUUGUGUACUCAAGCAGUGAAUUGGAUGGAUUAGUGCUUGAUAAAGCUAAUGAUUAUGUAGUGUGUUUUGCAGUAUCCUUUUUGAAGGAGAAAGAAGAGUAUCUGGUAGUCCUGGAGAACUACUUGC